AUGCGCACUAAGGUUAUCAAAGCAGACAGCAUCGACGCAGCAGUUGAGCAAAUUCUUGAUGAGCUCAAGGAAGACAACACUGCUCGAAGCAUCAGCAGCAGAAACAACAGUGUCAUCUACUUCGAUGGCUGGGACGGGCUGGGGGCAUCCACCGUUCUCCGAGCCGUGUCCCAGCGCCUGGCCGUGGCUUCAGAGGCCCCGGCUGGACUCAAGUUUGAUCAGAUCAUCCACGUCGACUGCUCCAAGUGGGAGGGCAGGAGAGUGCUUCAGCGGGCUGUCGCGGAGCAGCUGGAGCUCCCUGCCCCGCUGAUGGACAUGUUGGACAAGCAAGAUGAGGAGGACAAGUUCAACGGGGUCAGCCUGGAAUCCCGCCUCGAGAUACCACAAGUUCUCAGGGGGAUGCAUCGACGCAUACAGGACCUGAACCGUAGGUUCUUGGUGAUUUUCCACAAUGGAAGCAAUGAGGAGAUUGAUCUAGCCAGCUUCGGCUUCCCUCUGUCUCAAUACUUAGACAACAAGGUGCUGUGGACGUUCCAAGGGAGGUUCCGGCUUUACCCCAAGAACAAAGUUGUCGGUGCCAUGAAGAGCACAGCAGGGGCAUCCAAGACUGAUGUUUUUCUCUCGGCCCGCCACAGCCUUGGGGGGAGAGAGCCACAUGAGCUCGGCACCAUCCUUGUGCACCAGGAGGCUUCAGAAGUCACUGCACAAAGUGAGAUCACGAUCAAUACUAGCAAUGGGCCUGCACAAGUCAGCGAGCACUUCCUCUUGCACAUGCUGAAGCUAUGCUGCAUGAGCCAUAACUUAUUGAUGGACUAUGAUUUGGCCACCCAUGCCUGCAACUACUGGAUAUGUGAUGGCAUCAUACAGCGGCAAGGAGAUGGAGAUGAUAUCAGCACCGAUGGUGGUGGUGAUGAAGGAUUAUGGAGAGCAGCUGCUGCUCUGCAGCAUGAGAUGCGAUUAGAUGUGGACCACUACCAAUAUGAACACAAAUAUUUUCCCUCUCAGCUGGCACCGUAUGGAAUGUGCACGAUGCCAAACAGCACUGCACCCUACGGAUUUCUGGCGAUCCCGGCAGGAGCCAUCCCCAAUUCAGACAUGUUCCAAGAUUUCAACAAGCUACGUGUGCUGAAGCUCUCACGCCGCACAUUCAGCUUCUCAUCUCCUCCGUUCAUCUACUGCCACAACCUCAAGUUUCUAUGGCUCGACCACUGCCAAGACCAAGAUAACCACAGUAGCAUAGAUGGUGGUUUCCCUCAAGAAGAACAGGAGGACAAGAUCACAGCUGAUGGAGCAGGGACAGAGGAUGACUUUCAGCGUUGCUUCCAGAGGUUAUGGGUGCUUGAUGUGCGCUACACACGCUGUGAUCAGAUCUUGUCCGCACGGAUGCUGGAUUUCAUGACUCAGCUUAGGGAGCUGAAUGUGAUGGGAGCCCAGGAUUGGGACAUAUGCCAGCUGCAGGGGCGGCUGCCUAACAUCCGCAAGCUUCAAGUCACCAAGUCAACACUCAACUCCUCGGAACAUAACUUGUUCUUGGGGAUGAGCAAGAUGGAGCUUCUUGACCUUUCUGGAAACCGUAGCUCACAGGAGGGUGUGACAAAAUUAUCUGGGAUAUGUACCAGCAGCAACCAACUUGAGACUCUGAUGAUUAUUGAUAAUGAGUGGGACGGGAUACAAAAGUUGUCCUUCACGGGAUGUGCUAAAUUGAGGAAUGUAUUGCUGAGCGGAUUGUUUGAGGACCUCCACAUCCUAGACUUGUCUGGCACAGCAGUCCAAACACUAGACCUCCGUGCCAUGACAGCCCAUAACAUAGAUGAGCUCUUCCUGGAUUAUUGUGAGAAGCUUUGUGCAAUCCUGUGGCCACCAAAAGACAAAUGGACAAGUUCCUCAUGGAAGCUGCACAUUGACACCACAGAGUCAGCUGCAUGGUUGGUGGUACCCUGGGAAGAAAAGUCCACAGAGGGUCACACUACCCCCACCGCCACGAGAACAUCAGCAGGAUCAUUAUCUGUGGUCCAUGGCGGUAAGGUACCCUCUGAAUUUGAUUGGCGUAUCAUGGUAAGAGAUGCAAGGCUCCUCAGGUCACUUGUGCCCCUGAUAGAGUAUUUCAAGUAUCCCAAAGUGGCACAUGUUGAGGUUUCCUCUCCUGCUCUUGAUUUUGGUUCUGGCAAAGACAGUGAAGCAGUCAGUAGCGGUACCAAGCAGCAGCAGCAUGUGCUAGCAAGUGUGGAGCAGCCUGAACAUACAAGUUGGAUAUAUGAAGAUGUUGCAGUCACUUUUAACAAAGACCAUGAGUCGUUUCUGCAGGGGGAAAGCGAAGAAGGGGAUGGUGAUGCCCCAACACUGGCACGAGUAUGGCCUUGCCCACGGAUUCCUCACUUGGAUGACUUGACCUGCUACAUGCACAUACAAGACCACCACAAUGCGUGGAGGACCAAAUCAGUGCAAGAGGGCGUAUCCAGUGCAGAGAGCUCCCGCUCUGUGCGGGGUCUGGAGAAGGGUGUCAGUGGCGAGCCUUACCCCCGCCCUUCUAAAUCAGUGCAAGAGGGUGAAGAAGAAACUAUACCUGGUAUUAUCUCUGAUAUUGCUGGGAUCUUGCACGUGCAUGAUAGCUCAUCCAUCACUAGCAUCCCAUGCCCUGCCCCUAAAUUGGUGUCAAGUAGCAUCCCAUGGCUUUCAAUGCCUUCAACAUGGGGCCUUCUAAAUUGGUGUCGAGUCGAGCGUUGCCCCAAUCUGGAAUGUGUAUUUACCACCCCCGAAUCAGAUCAGAGCGCUGCCCCAUAUGAUGAGAUCCACUUUGAACACCUGAGGACAUUCUGGGCGUCACGCCUCCUUAAAGCACAAUGCAUAUGGGAAUGGGUGACACAGGUCCUUGAAUUACAUGCACUUUAUUAUAUUCAUGACACAACACCAUCGGAUAGGUUGUCAUUUCAGCAUUUGACAUCGUUGCACCUGGAGUUGUGCCCGCGGCUGAUAUAUGUACUAGCUACCAAGUUCACGUCAGCGUACGGCAAACAAACAGACUUGUUCAACUACACUAAUGGGCUAGACAACUUGCAGACUCUCGAGAUCGUGUGGUGUGGUGCUCUCACGGAGAUCUUCUCCUUGUAUGUGGGUGCCCCCCAGCAGAUGCCGAUUUCGGUGACAUUCAACAGCCUAAAGCGCAUCCACCUACAUGAGCUGCCCAUGCUACAGGGCAUCUGCGGGCACGGGGCUGCUGGAGUCUUAGGAGCCUGCCGUUUCUCAGGCACAGGCACGGGCUCAUGCAUGGGGGCUUGGGCGAGUAUGACUACCAACCCAAGGUGCACUGCGACUGCGAGAAAGAAUGGUGGGACCAGCUGGAGUGGAAAGGGCACGACCACCGUUCCUGUUACGAGCCGACCCACCCGCGGCCUUACAAGAAGACCUUGCUCAGGGGCUCCGUGCUCAUAUGAGCUAGGUAAUGUAAGCAAGGCCUACUACUCUGCUUGA